UUAUUUCACAUUUCAAUGUUUUACCGACUUUGUGAAAUAUUUCGGACAUAACGCUCAAAGUGAUAAAAUGUUGGUGAUAGAAUAAACCUUAAGUUACUUUAGUGUAUUGAACUAGAUCUGUAGUAGAAAUUUUCAUUUUCGAUGACUAAAGUCGAUGUAUGCAAAUGGUCACCAAUAAGUUUUAACCGAUUUUUGUCCCAUGAAAACAAUGUUAGAGAUAACAUACAUGAUUACAGAUUUGGCUCCCAAAGUUCUGUUUCGAAGGAUGCAGACUCAUCGAAAAGUAGCAGAUCAUCUGAGUCCAUAAAUAAAUCUAUGUGUGAAUGCAAUAUAGAAGAAUCCAAUUCAAAAAGGAGUCACAUUAAUAGCCAAAAAGUGGUUUCAUCGUCUUUAGUUUCCGGCAAUAAAAUUGCCAAAUCAGUAUUUAUAUUAAAAGAUACAAGAAGUCAUCAGUCAAAUAAAAGGGCAACUUUGGAACGAAAUGAAAUUUCAGACAUCACGACACAUGAAGAUUUGAUAAAAGCCAAAUCCACGGAAGAAUUAAAAGGAAACAUUUCGGUCAAAAAUGAGAUAAAAAUUAUCAAUAAAACUAAAAGUAAUCAACUUAAAUCUUUAUCAUCUCAAAAAUCAGAUGUAUACUGUAUUGCAGAUUCCAACGACACUUUGAAUCAAUUGAAUCAAAAGAAAAAUUAUAAAAUGGUUAGUAAACUGUCGUUUCCAGAAACAAGAAAUACAGAACAUGAAAUGCACAUAAGUACUGAUAACACUGAUUCUAAACCCACCAAUCAUAGUGAUAAGAAUUCUUCCAUAUUACAUAAAACUAGUAAUAAUUUUCAUCAGUUUACAAAUAGUAAUGGUGAGAAAACGAAAAGUAAUAAAUCUACUAAACGGAAAAGUUAUUUGAAACAAAACGCAACUCUCUUACCAAAUGUACUGAGAGCAGUUGACUUUAUACUGCCUACUGACGAAUCAAUCAUUCGUCCUAAUAAGUUACCACAUACAGGAAGAGGAGUGAAAACUUUAUCAGCUUCAUGGAAGCCAACAAUGUUAUAUAAUGGAGAAAAAGGAAAACGACCAAUUAAUCGAAAACAACGAAGAGAUACCAUGUAUGAAAAAGGAUAUGGUAAACUUUCAUCUUACAAAAUAUACGAAAAGUUGGGUGAAGGAACAUAUGCAACUGUUUAUAAGGGUUAUAGCUUAGUAUCUAAACAAUUAGUGGCUUUGAAACGAAUACGUAUGAAAAAAUCUGAAGGUGCACCGUGUACAGCUAUACGUGAAAUUAGUCUUCUUCGUGGAUUGAACCAUGCAAAUAUUGUGAAACUGCACGAUGUUAUUUAUGAGGCCGGUUCAUUGACAUUGGUAUUUGAAUAUGGGGGAAGUGAUCUCAAAAGCUACAUGAGAAUGCAUAAUAAUCGUUUGCCUAUGAAUAUCGUCAGAUUAUUCACUUUUCAAAUAUUUCGAGGUCUUGAAUAUUGUCAUGCAAGACAAAUAUUACACCGGGAUUUAAAACCUCAAAAUUUAUUAAUAAGCAAAACUGGAGAUUUGAAAUUGGCUGAUUUUGGAUUGGCACGUUCACAGUCUGUACCAAUUAGAACAUAUUCCAGUGAAGUUGUAACACUCUGGUACCGACCACCAGAUGUACUAUUAGGUGAUAAAAACUACUCCGGUCAUAUUGAUAUCUGGGGAGCUGGUUGUAUUCUGUAUGAAAUGGCAACAGGUUAUAGUCUUUUUCCGGGUACUUCAAAAGAAGAUCAAAUUAAAAUUAUUUUUAGAAAAUUCGGAAUUCCACCAGAGUCCUACUGGCCCAAUUUAAGGACGAAUCCUAAAUUUUUAGAAUAUUUAAAUUCAAAUCAACAUAAUGAAAAGUGUGAAUCAAAUAAGCCGAAUUAUUCUCAGUCUUCUACAAAUCUUAAUUUAAUUGGCAGUAAAAAAUCCUCAUUUCAAAUAAAUAAACAGUUAUAUGAUGAAAAUUUCGAUUCUAUUGAUAAAUAUAAUGAAAAUAUUAAAAAUACACUGUCAUGUAGUGCAUCAAGAUUGAAUUUAGAUGGUCAACAAUUAUUAUUUGAAUGUCUUGCAUUAGUUGGAAAUCGUCGAAUUACAGCUAAUGAUGCACUGAAGCAUAUUUAUUUCAAGUGUAUUUUACCACCUGGUAUUAAUGUACAUGAUUUAUUACCAGAACAAUCGAUCACAUUACUUGCUAUUGAACAAAAUUCAGUUAGUUCUUUGCAGCGAUCUCGAAUUCAUACCACUAAUACUGAUACUACUAGUAAGAAUAAUGGUAAGAAACAUAGGAAUAAAAAUAAUUAUUCAACACAUCUAACUAAUUCAAUAUCUUACGGUAAUAAACUGUAUAGUAAUGAGCAGUUAUCAAAAAGUUUAACUAACUUAUCAACAGUUCGUUCAUAUCCUUCGAAUGAUUCAAAUUCAUGCAAUACACCCACAAUCCCACCAUAUGUUAACAAUAAAUUAACAACAACAAAACACAGAUCGGAAAACGAGCAUCAAAUACAAGCAUUUAAACUGGGUAAAACUAAAACCUCAACACAAUUACUUUAUAAUGAAAGAAAUAACAUCUCUAUUAAUACUACCACUACUACUACACACCAUCAACAUGAACAUAAUUCUAAGUCUGGUGACAAUAAUAGUAAUAAUUCCAUUCAAAAUGACCAAAGCUCCGAUAUUGACACGUCACUUAGUUCAAACAGUCAACAUUUCAUUCCAUAUGAAAAAGUGUGUAGUCAGCAAUAUCAACCAGAACAACUUUCAUUUUCGUCGUUAAAAAAAACAAGUAAAUUGAAUGAGAAAAUUAAAGAACCUGUUAGAAAAUAUAUGACGAUUUCUUCAGGAGAUAUGCAUAAAAUACUUUCUAAUCAAAAUAUUAUUGGUAAUAUUGUCAGCUAUAAUGAUAAUAAUCAUAAUAAUACUGAUAUCAAGAAUAAAUCUAUAAGUAAUACCUCGACAACUAAUCUUACAGCAUUUGUUAAACGUAAACUAUGUUCAUUACAAACAAAAGCUAAAGCAUCUCGAAAUCGUCUGAGAUCUUUGUCAACUGAUCAACUUAAAAUCUUAAGUUUAUCAUCACCAUCUUCAGAUUCUUCGAAAGAAAUUGAGUUGAUUCAUGCAAAUGAUUUUGGUGACGAUAAUAAUAGUAACAAACUAAAUAAUAGCGACACAUUUGUAAAUUCACGUAGUGUUCUUAAGAACAAAAUUAAUGACAGAUUUGGUCAAAAGACAGAUCAAAAUAAACUAUCAAUUGACAAAAAUAUAAAUAAAAAUCAUGUUGAUUUAUCAAAAUCUAUACAAAUCAUUAAUAAAUCAUCAAAUAUCAAAACAAUUAUAACAAAUUAUUCAAAUAAUUCAAUGAAUCGUUUAAAUUAUAAUAAACAUUCUCAAUUAUCAUCAUCUGCAUUUAUACGAAUACAUCGGCCAAAUAGUUUUAAUUUAAAGAAUUUACAACAAAAUUAUUGUUUUCAAUCAAAUAAUUCAUUAGUUCAUUUAAAUUCUCAUCGUAAAAGUUGGAAUAGUUCUGGAUCAUCAAAUUUAGAUACUCCAUUUGAUGAACAGAGUGUAUUCAAAUAGAACAUGAACAUUACUGAGAUACUCCAUAAAAACUAUCUUAUACUCCAUCUAAACAGAGAAUAAAACUCAUCAUAAUCCCUGGAAUGAAUAACUCUUAUUCAUAUUUUCAAAGAAAAAAGUGUUCUCAAUAAAAUUUCUAAAGAAUAAAGAUUAAAAUAAAGGUAUUUUAACAUUUUCUUAUAAUAAUAUUAUCAUUGUAAAAAGUUUGUUAUGAUUUUAAUAUGCCUUGUCAUCCAUAGUUUAUUUCCUGGCCUUUUUUUCGUUUUGUAUUUCCUUUCUUUUAGUGAAAUGAGUAAUAAGCUUGAUGUCAUUAUUAUUAUUAUUAUCCCUCGACCAUUAUAUUACUUUAAUAAUACAACCCAUCAUAUGUCCCUUUUUUCUCUUAUUCUUAUUGUACUGAUAUAAAUGAUAGAAAUAUUUCAAUAUUUUUCUGCAAAAUAAAAAAAACAGACAAAAUGAACAAAAGAAUUCACUAAUUUAUUUUUUAAAUUAUAUGAUUAGAAUAAUCUUACACAGAUCAGAAAAGAUCAUAAAUUUUUUUGUGAGAUUCAAUUCUUUUUUUGUUUUAGUUCAAUGACACGUAUCUUGUUUUAAUUCUUUCAUUCACCGGUUCCAAUAUUUACUUAAUCUUAUUGUUACUUAUCUUAUAAAUUACAAUAUGGUAUCAAUAUAUACAAAUAAGUUAGCUUAUUCUAACCUUCUAUUUAUUAUUAAAUCUCGAUUACUUAUUUAUUAUAAGAUGAUAAGUAACUUUGUUUUGUAUGCUUGCAUUUUUCUAACAAUCAUAUCAUUAAACGUUAUUCUAGGCGUCAGUCUUAGUGCACCAUUACAGAUUGGAUUCUUUGUAAUAAGCAAUAGAAUCAAAUUAAAAAGGAUGGAGAUUAGAAAAUGUUAAAUCAUAAAUCUGAAGAACAAUAAACCAAACUAUAUGAAAAUGUGAUACUUAAGUAAUUUAAUUUUUCUUUCCUAAAUGACUAAUUUACUCGCUUUUUCUCUUCACAUCUUACAAACAAUCGAAAUAAACAGAUUUUCUGUUUGAAUAUUCUUUAUUACAUUUGAACAUUUGUCAAAGCAAAUAUUUUUUUCCUUCAUUUUGGCCAUAUACAAAUACGUAUUUCAUAAUUGUUUACUUAAUAACUGUAAAUUUCUCUUUAUAUAUCAAACGAAAGGCUUAUGACUAACACGUAACUUUGUAUGUAAUACAUUUAAAUAUUACAUCACUAUUAUUACGUCAGUUUACAUGACCUUUCAGAUUGAUUUUACUAGCCAUUUUACAUCUGUUGCAAAACAGUGAACUUUAAAACCAAGGAUUUAAAAGCUGGGAGGAAGGUUAACUGAUGGCACUUUCGUGAGGCACUACGUGAGGCAUGAAAAUCGCCAGAUAAUAAAUUCAAGUUUAACACCUCGAAUAUAGUACUUCCGUUAUGAAAUGUAAAUGUUCUGCUUGCAGUUGGAUAAACGUUAAUCACUAUG